AUGCUCUCUCUCCUGUAUACCUUGACUGCAGCCGCAGGCCUUGCGCAUCAAGUGGCUCAGGCGGCUCCUGGUCUUGACAGAAGAGCAUGCACUUCCUGGGCCGAGGCCGCCGAUGGUGAAACAUGCGCAUCCCUGGCCGUCACCGCCCGCUCCUCGCCUCCCUCGGGUCCCUCGCCCACCCAAGCCGGUCUCGUGGAAUCAUGUGAGAACUCUGAAGCAGUCUCUCGAGUAUCGGUAGAAGCUGACGGAGCCAUCUCGCAGGUGCCCAAUUUUACAAACGUCAAGUGGAAUCCGACUGUUGGUCAAGAAUGUCAUGGCCUUUGGCUGGGGUACUACGUAUGUGUCGGGGUGCCGGGAACGCCCAAGGAGCGCCAGACACCGUCUUCUCCAUCGUCUGUUCAGCCAUCGCCUGUGCAGCCUGGCAUUGACGGGUCAUGUCAAAAAUUCUACAAGGCUGAUCGAGGCGACACUUGCCUCGCCAUUGUCGACAAGCACAAAACAUUUACUUUGGAGCAAUUUAUGAACUGGAACCCAUCGGUUCAGAGCGACUGUUCGGCUCUGUGGCUUGGAUACUAUUACUGCGUCGCCAUCCCUGGCACGCCGACGAGCGCCCCUCCCCCGGCGAAGCAGGGGCCGUCACCUACGCAGCCGGGAUUGGAUGCGAAAUGCGACAAGUAUUAUCAGGCUCUGCCUAACGAUACUUGCCAAGGUAUCGUCGACAAGUUUCACGCGUUUGGACUCGAUGCCUUUUACAAGUGGAAUCCUGCCGUUCAGAACGAUUGCAGCGGACUCUGGGCCGGCUACCACUACUGCGUGAACGCCCCCUGA